CUUUGUUACAAGAAGACACGUGUUACCAUAGAUUGGCCCACAAGCGUUAUCUCAUGUUCGUGGUAGGUCCUCUCUUGCCGACACUCCUUGCACUACGAUUGUUUAUUUUGCUUUUUCAUUUCCAAGAUUGAAAUAAAAAACCUCUAUUUGCAAUGUGAAAGCUUCAUAAUGUAUUAUUUUAUUUUCUGUAUAAAAGAAACACUAUCCAGUGAUAAAAUGCCUUCUUUCAAGUAUCUCUGACGAUCCUCUUGAAUAGUAUAUAAAAAUAAAAAUAAACUGUACAGAAAUUAGGUGAAAUACGAUUAAUUCAAGCAAGUAUAUAUAAUGACCACCAAUUUAUAUAAUUAAUCUCUUGCUAAAUAUCUUGAUAGAGAACACGUCCUUAUAAAAAUAAGUAAAUGCAGUCGCUUAUUUUACUGGACGAACGUAGCUCUCAUGGAAAGGACUUAACACUUGUUAACAUUUUACCUCUCAUGUAAACAAUUUCGUUACCCGAAUCAUUAAGUCAUAAUCAUUGAUUAUUUAUUACUACCUUCUUCCUUCUCUUCCCAUCGUCUCUAAUCAAAAUAUCAGAGCUCAGCAUCUAAUUACAGUCCAGUACUACUACUACAACUCUGAUGUUGACUUUGUACGGUCAAGAUAGGUCAACGGAGACCACCAACACAAGUACGGAUGCUUCCGAUCGCCGGGAGGACGUUACGCCGCCGGAGACCGUUGUAAGAGAUAUUCACGCGAUGACGACGACGGAGCUUCCUCGGCCACAACAAAGGGGAGGAGGAUACUUGUCUCCCUCGAGGUCGAUGAAUUCUAGCGACGGAGCUUCUUCUUCCGGCGAGAAUUUCACCACCGUUAGCAGAGAAUUCAACGCUCUAGUCAUCGCCGGCUCUUCCAUGGACAACAACAACGGAAAUAACCAGUCGGGAAGUCAUCGUGACGCGAUAAACGAGCUGGCUAGGAUCGGUGAAGAAGAAGAUGGUGGUGGUCAUCAGGCGCCUGAGGAAGAUUCAAAUCCGUGGGCGAUUGUACCGGACGGUUACGGUAACCGGACCGGUUCGGACAAUAUUGUGUCGACGACGACGUCAUCAGGUGGUCAGAAUCGGAUGGUGACGACUGCGUCAGUUCAGAGUGUGAGGAGAGAGGAGGUGGAUGCGAAAAUAACGGCGUGGCAAACGGCGAAGGUGGCUAAGAUUAAUAAUAGGUUUAAGAGACAAGACGCCGUUAUUAACGGUUGGUUGAACGAGCAGGUCCAUAAAGCUAACUCUUGGAUGAAGAAAGUCGAGAGGAAAUUGGAAGAAAGGAGAGCAAAGGCAAUGGAGAAAACACAAAACAAAGUGGCGAAAGCUCAGAGGAAGGCGGAGGAGAGGAGAGCGACGGCGGAAGCAAAAAGAGGGACGGAGGUUGCUAGGGUUCUUGAAGUCUCUAAUCUCAUGAGAGCCGUUGGACGACCUCCGGCCAAACGUUCCUUCUUCUCUAUCUCCUAGCUAUAGCUUCUUAAGCUACUUCUCACUACAUAUCAUAUUUUCUCUAGAUACUCCAUAUAUGCAUUAUGCUACAAACGGACCAUUUUCUGAUGGGAAUCAACGUGUGUAUAAUAGAAUGUGACAGCUAUAAUAAGGAAAUUGAAUAUUGUAUGUUUUCUACAAAAAAAGUUAGAAACCCAAAAAGUUGGGGGAUUUUGUCCAACUCUGAGUUGCGUGGUUUUGAAUUUAUAUAUUUUAUAUAUAUUGUAAUUAGAUUAGGAUGAACUGUUUUUGUUGUCAUUCCUAUCAUAUUAUUUCUUAUAAAAUUGGAAUGUUUAUAUAUAAUAGUGGACUGUUGACAUA